UCCCCCCUUCAGAAGAUGGGGAAAGAAGCGAGACCCAACUGGGACAACCCCACCGAGUUUGUUCUGGCCUGCGUGUCGUACGCCGUCGGGCUCGGAAACGUGUGGCGCUUCCCGUACCUCUGUCAGAUGCACGGCGGAGGGGCGUUCUUGAUUCCAUAUCUGAUCAUGCUGGUUCUGGAGGGUGUCCCCUUAUUUUACAUGGAGCUGGCCAUUGGUCAGAAGAUGAGCCUGGGCAGCAUCGGGGCGUUUACGGCCAUCAACCCUUAUAUGGGAGGAAUAGGGUUGGCUAGUGUUGUGACGUCCCUGUAUCUGUGUCUCUAUUACAACAUCAUCAAUGCAUGGAGUUUCUGGUACCUCUUUCAUUCAUUUCAACCAGUCCUGCCCUGGGCAGAGUGCCCCAUCAAUGCUAACCGGACGGGGCCGAUAGAGGAGUGUGAAACGGCGACAUCCAGCCAGUACUUCUUCUACAGGGAAACGCUGGACAUCUCUUCUUCUAUUGAGGUGAAUGGAGGCAUGCACACCGGCCAGGCGUUGUGCCUCCUGCUGGCCUGGGUGAUGACCUACCUCUUCAUUGUCCGAGGAGUGAAGUCAUCCGGAAAGGUGGUGUACGUGACAGCCAUAUUUCCAUACGUGGUCCUCAUCAUCUACCUGAUCCGGGGCUUCACUCUGCAUGGCGCCUUCAACGGUGUCGCAUACAUGUUCACGCCUAAGUUGGAGCAGCUCACCAACCUGAAUACGUGGAUCAACGCGGCCACUCAGAUCUUUUUCUCCCUGGGUUUGGGUUUCGGGACGCUCAUCGCCUUCGCCAGCUACAACCAGUACAACAACAACUUUGAGCGUCAGGCCAUCGUCGUUUCAUUAAUCAACUGUGGAACCUCCAUCUUCGCCAGCAUUGUCACCUUUUCCAUCUAUGGGUUCAAGGCCACCGUCAACUACGAGAACUGCUUGGAGAGGACACGUUUACUACUGCUGAACACAUUUAAUUUAGCAGAGAGCAGCGUCUCCAUGGACAACGUCUUCGAGUGGUUGGAGAAGCUGAACACGACGUUCCCGGAGCAGUUUGCUGAAAUCGCCCACAAACUGGAAGUCUGUGACCUGGAGAGCGAACUGGACACCGCGGUGGAGGGGACGGGUCUGGCCUUCAUCUUGUACAGCGAGGCCAUCAAGAACAUGCCCGUGUCCCAGCUGUGGUCAGUGCUCUACUUCAUGAUGCUCCUGCUGUUGGGGAUGGGCAGCAUGCUGGGCAACAUCACGGCCGUCCUCACCCCGCUGCGGGACCUAAAGGUCUUGACGCACAUCAGUGACGAGUUGCUCAGCGGUCUCUUGUGCGUCUUCUGCAUGGUGCUCGGCCUGGGCUUCACCACCACCUCGGGGAACUACUGGUUCACCAUCUUCAACGACUACGGAGCCAAUUUAUCGCUGCUCUUCAUCGUCCUCGCCGAGGUCAUAACCAUCAGCUACAUCUACGGGAUAAAAAAGUUUGAAAAAGACAUCGAAGACAUGCUGGGUCAUCGUCCCAACUGGUACUGGAAGAUCAUGUUGGCGGGAGUCAGUCCCCUUCUCAUCAUCACCCUCAUCGUCCUCUUCCUCGUCAACUACAUCCGAGGAGGGACACCCACCUACCAAGCGUGGAACAAAGAGCUGGGCAAGUCGGUGAUGACGGAGUACCCCGUCUUCGGCCAGCUCUUCAUCUGGCUGCUGCUGCUGUCGUCCAUCAGCUGCAUCCCGCUCACGGCUCUGUACGUCUACUGCAAGAAGAGGAAGCAGCGCUCGGCCAGCAGGGGGUCUCCGGAGUGACCCGAGGGUUGGAGGAGCACUCCCGCACAGCGCCGCCUACUGCCCUUGGGGUAUUUAUACGUGACUGGACAGCUUCCAUCAGUGUUAAAGGCAGACUUCUGAUUCCACUCAAUACCGUGAAGGAGACGUUCAAGUCGUAUCUGCAACAUUAUAUUUCAGCUUUUCCAAACAUUGAGAGCAAAUGUAGUUCAGUAUUUCAUGUUGACUAAAUUGUCAUGAAUGUCGGAUGAUGUGUAGCAUACUCAGUGGAUUGUGUGUUUGAGUAUGUUAUUCUUUCUUCAUUUGUAUGUCUCAUGCACUAUAAAAAUGAAGUCACGUUGUUUCAUAUUCAUCAUAGAUAUUAUUACCUCAAUGGAGUGAGAUAAUUGAGGGUCAAAAGUUCAGCACAACUUCCCAAUGAACCAUAAUAUAUUUUAUAUUACACAUUGGCUGAAGAUUUGAACUUCUUCUAAGAUUAUAAACCGGUAGGACUCAUUAACAGACUGUUAAUCAACUGAUAAUAGCUGGUAUUAAGUUUUCUAGAUUCAUACAUGUGCUCCACUGUAAGAAGGUGGUAAAAAUUGUCCGUUUUUUCCUUCAUAAUAAAUAUUUUUUGAGAACAAGACCUGAAAAGGCUUUGGUACCUUAUCUGUAAUGUGUGUGAAACAGUGCACAUGAAGUCACAUGUAUUAACCAGUAAAAGAUCUAAUGUGUGAAAAUAUUAUUGUAAUACUGAAAGAUUUGCCUUGCACAGCCUCAAAUAUGUAAAAUGUGUAAAUACUGUAGAUACGUGUCAUCAGAUGAUAUAAUGAUUGGAAUACUCCAAAAAUUUGAUUUUCUUUUCUUUAUUGUUGUGCCAUUGGCAAAAUAGGAUGUUAGUAACUGUCAUAGACGAUGAACUAACAAGUUUGAUGUCAAUUCAAAUCAAGAGUUCUAUUAACAUACAUCAUAUGUCUUUCUGCUCUUUAUUUUCAUGUUGAACGGCAGAUGAUACUUUUUUUAUUAAAGAUAAAUGUUG